AUGGGCUUGUUUGGAAAAAAGGCAAACAAGAAGUUCAACGAGCUGGACAUAGCACUUCUUAAACUCCAGAAUGAGUGCGACAGACGAAACACACAAGCCGAGCAGGCUUCUGCGCGUGCAAGCGAGUUUCAUAAGAAAGCCAUUCAGAGUCUUAAGGAUCACAACACUGAUCUAGCAAAGAUGUACUUGUGUCUCGAAAAGGAAGCAAAGAAGUACUCCAGUCUCCUCUCGGUGACCUGCGUCGAGGCAGCACGCCAGAAGCGUCUCCUUCAAGAGAGAGUCAGUCAGAUAUCCCUUGUUGAUGCCAUGAAGAAGACUAAUGAGCUGUUGAACAAAAUGCAGAUUGACGGGGAGAAGCUAAAAGAAACGAUGGACGAGAUUCAACAGCACGUAGCAGCAGAUAAGGCGAGCAUAAAUGAGAUAGACCAGAUCAUCUCAGGAAACAAAGACGAGGUCGAUAACAUGAUGGCCGAAUUAAUGGACGAGAUCACUAUCGAGCGAGACAUAAAUGCAAUCCCUAGCCACGACCCGGUCUUGACUGAUACGUCUGUGCACCAUUCUGCGGCCAUUGGCACCGUUAGAGAUAAGAACGAAGAUAGGCCUGACUCUGUGGAGAUAGAGGAGGACCGUGAGGUCGAAGUGUGCGUAAAUUAG